AUGUCGUGGAUCCCCAUAUUACUACAAAAUUCCUAUUAAUGUAAUCACUAUAUUUGUUUGCAGUUUGAGAUUGAUUAUCUAAAUAGUGAAUAUAUUGUAUCUCUUGAUGGCUACUACGACAAAACCGGUGUGAUGCAAGCACUUGAAUUCAAAACCAAUCUCAAGACUUCUGAAGUGAUUGGGUAUCCAAAGGGUACUAAAAAAUUUUCACUCGGUGGAGUCAAUGGCAAGAUGAUGAUUGGCUUCCAUGGAUCCGCUGGGAAAGCCCUAAACUCCAUUGGAGCAUAUUUAACAACAGCUCCUCCUACUAAGUCAGAACUCGUAGGUGGUCUAACCGGAGGCGAACCUUGGGAUGAUGGUCCUAAUUAUGAUGGAGUAAAAAAGGUAUCUGUUACUUACAUUAGCACUCUUAUAAGGAGUAUCAAUGUGGACUAUGAAAAGGACGGCCAAGUUGUAACACGUUACCAUGGGAUGAAGAAUGGGGAUACAGAGGAGUUUGUGGUAGACUAUCCAAAUGAAUAUUUGACAUCAGUGGAGGGUACCUACAACACACUCCCUGAUGAUAACGUUUUGGUCAUUAGAUCGUUGAUCUUCAAAACAUCAAAAGGGAGAAUCUCUCCCACAUAUGGGUUUGUGUCAGGUACCAAAUUUGUGUUGGAGAGCCAAGGUAAUGCUAUUGUUGGAUUUCAUGGGCGGGAUGGUGGUGCUUUCGACGCUAUAGGGGUUUAUUUCUCUCCGAUUCCUUCAUAAUUCAAAACUAUAAAGGCUAUAAACCAUAGAGUUUAAUGGAAAUGACUUCACUCGUUCCACCAUGUUGCCUUAAGGCUCUCGUAUCUUCAAUUAAUGUUUUACUACGUACUCCAGAUGUUUCUUAAAUUAGUAACUGAUUCCGAGUUUGCAAUCUCUUGUAAUAAAACAAGGUUUAAUUU